AUGUCGUUGUUAAGAACACUUGUAUCCCGAUACGUUUUACCGAAUACAUAUCGAACGACAACAAGAUUCUCAUCCAACGAUACAAAAUUAACUUCAUGCGAUGACAAACCGGUACCAAUGCCAAACCCAUACAAGAAAGAACGUCGUCAAUGUAUCUUAUGCAAGUUGAAGAUCAAACCAGACUACAAGAACUAUAGACUAUUGUCCCAAUUCCAGAGUCCAUACACUGGUCGCAUUUACGGAAGGCAUAUUACUGGAUUAUGUAAAUCGAAACAGGAGCAAGUUGAAAGUGAGAUCAGGAAGGCACAAAACUGCGCCUAUAUGCCGUACUAUUAUAAGGACAAGACCUUCCUGAAGGACCCUAAGCUGUUUGACCCCGAAAAUCCUAUUAGAUCCCAUAGAUUUUAA